UCAAGCCAGGUUUGCAAGAACCAUGGGAGGAAAUGUGUUUAUGCUCGUAUGCAUCCUUAUCUUGUGCAUGUGCCCGUCUGUACUCGGUGUGAUAAAAACCGGCAUAUUACAUGAGACCAUUACCCUCCCCUGCAGUCAGUCCUGCAGUGGCACAAUGACAUGGACACUGGUGGAUACUGGCCUGGUGAUCAAGUGUACGAAUAGAUCUUGUGAAACAGGAACAGGGUUUGAAAAUGGAUUCAGCAUUUCAAAUGAACGCUUUGAUGGCAAACGGUCCUGUGGUCUCACCAUCAGUUCACUGAAGUUCAAUGAUCAGGGUAUCUACUCUGGCUAUUGUGAUGGCCGUUAUUAUUGUGCUGUUACGCUUGAUGUUUUGGUGCCUGUUGAUGUGAAUGUCUCCACUGGAAACAAUGUCUCCCUACCUUGCCAUGUAGCCAUUAAAAAGACUAUAGAAAAUACAACUGUCUCUUUUUUGUGGGAGAAGUAUUGGAAGAAGAAAUGGGACAAAGUACUGCGGCUUGAAAAGGGAAAUUUCACUUAUGGCCCCAUGAAGGGCAGAGUGUCAGUUCCUGAAGAUGGUUACAAGAGUGGUGACCUCCCCCUACGCAUCACUGAUGUCCGUCCAUCUGAUCAAGGAGUGUACCGAUGCCGUUACUUGUCCACAGGAGACACAGGGGUUCCAGGUCCAUUAAUGCUCAUUGUUAAAGAAAAUACCUGGUCCUGUGCCAUAAAAAUGUUGGUAACCUCGCUCGUCACGGGCAUUGUAUUGAUUCUGGGAUAUUUUUGUUGCUACAAGCUCAAAGGCAUCCCAAAUCCUUUUAGACGUCAGCCAGUUCCCAAAGCUCCUGUGCCCGAAGAGAAUGUUGAUAGUGAAUCCAUUCCAAUGAAAAAUUACUCCACAGUCCACCCCACGGACUGAAUGACCAUCGACAAGACUUGGACUACUUCUAAGUGCUUCUUUACUAUUAAGGUUUUUUUUUUUGUAAGCUACUGUAGGCCAGAGACGUCUACAAGAGAUCCUUAAGAAUCUUUCUGUGAGUGAGAGUCAUGGUCUCCAGGCUAGCAUUAAGCUAGUUUGCUGUGAAUUGACUGCAACUGUGAGGGUAUUUAAAUUAUUUUGUUAAAUUGUUUUGUCUUUUAUCCCAGGUAUGCCACGGUUUAUUUCAUUAUAUUAUAAUUGUGUGUUGUUUAAAAUAAGCCUCCGCUGCCACUGGCUUGCUCCCUGUCUGAUUUUCUUGGGUUUGUUUUUUUUUUAGCAUAUUUAGCAAACCUCUCCUCACGAUGCGCUUGCUGCCUGUCUCCUGAAUACGAAACUAUUCACCGUAUGUUUCUGUCAGGAAAGUCAUGGAAUUUAACAUUUUACAUUGUCCAUUUUUAUUCAUGCUUCUAUUAAUGUAAAGCACUUUGAACAUUUGUAAAUUAAAUUUAAAAAGAAAAUAU